CUUUCUCACAACACACACACCAACAAAAUAUUUUGUUGUUCUUCUCUCAAGAAAAUGAAACUUUUUUUAUGCUAUUUUGUUCAUGUGGGUAAUCUUUGAUUGAUGAUGAUAUCUUACUUUUUCAAGAGCUUGAAGAAGAAGAAUGAAUGAAUGCUUUGGUGUUAGUGAACAAGACUCAAUCAUGUCAUAGUUGAUGAAUAAGCAAUAAGCAAGUUUAUACUUUUUUGACCAUAGAAAGUGUGUUAGAAAAAGCAAAAGCUAAUAACUUUGUCCCUUUGACAGCAUUUUCAUUCAACCUUCCUUUUCUUUCCCACACGCUUCUUAUCCUUACACACACCUUUCUAACUCCCUCUCUCUCUUCAUCAAACACAAUUUUUCUUCAAAAGGGUAUUCAACAUUCAACAUUUAACAUUCAACAAUGCCUUCCUAUGAUGCUUUGAUGGGUUUUGAAACAUCUUUCAAAGGUUGUGUUUUUAGUGUAUUGGAUAGUGAGAAACUGGAUCUGAAGUUGUUGAUUGAAGAGAUGGAUUCAAUUGAUGUUCCAUCCGUUUUCAUUUGUCCAAUUUCACUUGAGCCAAUGCAAGAGCCUGUGACUCUUUGCACUGGUCAAACCUACGACAGAUCCAACAUCCUUAAAUGGUUUUCACUUGGUCACAAAACAUGUCCAACAACAAUGCAAGAGCUUUGGGAUGAAUCAAUCACACCCAACAACACUCUCAAACACUUGAUCCUCACUUGGUUCUCACACAAGUACUUGGAAAUGAAGAAGAAGCUUGAAGAUGUUGAAGGAAGGGUUUUGGAAACAUUGGAGACACUUAAGAAGGUGAAGGGUCAAAGUAGAGUGAAAGCUCUUAAGGAUCUUAGGAAACUUGUUGUUUCUCAUGUUUGUGCAAGAAAAACAUUGUUGGAAAAUGGUGGGGUUGGUUUGGUUUCAUCUUUGUUAGGUCCUUUUACUUCACAUGUUGUUGGUUGUGAAGCUAUAGGUAUCAUUGUGAAUUUGGAUUUGAGUUCGGAUUUCAAGAGAAAGAAUCUUAUGCAUCCAUCCAAAGUUUCAUUGAUUGUUGAUAUCAUGAAUGAAGGAACUAUUGAAACAAAGAUGAAUUGUGCUAAAUUGAUUCAAAUGUUGUUAAUGGAAGAACAAGAACAAGAAACCAAGAUUGAGAUUGUGUCAAGUUUGAGUCUUUUGGUUGGAUUAUUAAGAUUGGUGAGAGACAAGAAACAUCAAAAAGGGAUCUUAAUUGGUCUCACAUUGAUUAAAAAAGUACUAUCUUGUCAUGAAUCAAUAAGAACUUCAAUGAUAAGCAUAGGAGCAAUACCUCAAUUGAUAGAGAUUUUACCAAGUUUGAACAAUGAGUGUUUGGAGAUAGCACUUUAUAUAUUGGAGAUAUUGUCAACACUUGAGGAAGGGAAAUUGGCAUUGAAAGAGUGUCCAAACAUUAUACCAAAUGUGGUGAAGAUGUUGAUGAGAGUCUCAGAAAAUUGUACACAAUUCGCGUUGUCGAUUUUGUGGGCUAUUUACAAACUUGCACCAGAAGAAUGUGCUUCAAAGGCUGUGGAAGCUGGAUUGGCUUCAAAAUUGUUGCUUGUGAUUCAGAGUGGUUGUAAUCCAGUUUUGAAACAGAUGUCUUCUGAGUUUUUGAAAAUGUGUAGUGUGAAUUAUUCUACUAGUAGUAUUUUUAUUUCUAAGUGUAUGCUUACCACUACUAUACAAUGAAAAAUAUGAAAUUUUGUUCAUAGGUUCAUGUCAUGUAUACAGCUAAAUUUUGUUCAUAUGUUUGUGAAAUUCAGAUUUUUUUUUGGUC